AUGAAGUUUAUCCUUCCCGCCGUUCUCUUCCUCGCCUCUGCCGUGUCCGCGCAGAACACUGUCCUCGACUACAGCGAUGGUAUCCCGCUUUGCUGCACCACCCACGACUACGUCUCCGAGGCUGACGACGAGGUCAUCCAGCAGGUGACCAGCGCCUUCGAGAGUGACGGCGGUGGUGCCUGGGAUCUGGGCGAGGCUAUUGCGGGUGAAUGCCAGACUGCUUUCCCCACUGGCUUCGCUGGCGGCAACCGCACUGACUGCCCCGAGGAUCUGACUGCCAUCUGGUGCAAGAAGCACGCUCCCUGGACCUUGACUAUCAACGGUACCUCAACCCCCCGUGAUGCCCACGGACAGUGCCACUACUAG